ACUCUAAUUAUCGCCGCUCUCAUUUCUGCUGCGUAGAAAAAAAAAAAGGUAAGUUGCAGAAGAAAUGGUGUCUCUGAAGCUCCAGAAGCGGCUCGCCGCUAGUGUACUUGGUUGCGGGAAGAAGAAGACUUGGCUUGAUCCUAAUGAAUCCAAUGAGAUUUCCAUGGCUAACUCUCGACAAAACAUUAGAAAGUUAAUCAAAGAUGGAUUUAUCAUCAGGAAGCCAGCAAAUAUCCAUUCUCGUUCCCGUGCUCGCCGAAUGAACAUCGCAAAGCGAAAGGGUCGUCACUCUGGCUAUGGUAAACGUAAGGGUACUAGGGAGGCUAGGUUGCCAACAAAGAUUCUCUGGAUGAGGAGAAUGCGUGUACUUAGACGCUUGCUCCGCAAAUACCGAGAGUCCAAGAAAAUUGACAAGCACAUGUAUCACGACAUGUACAUGAAGGUUAAGGGUAAUGUCUUCAAGAACAAACGUGUGCUCAUGGAAAACAUCCACAAGUCAAAGGCUGAGAAGGCAAGAGAAAAGACACUUUCCGACCAAUUUGAGGCUAGGCGUGCAAAGAAUAAGGCUAGCAGGGAGAGAAAGAUUGCCAGGAGGGAUGAGCGUCUAGCACUGGGCCCUAUGGAGAAAGCCCCUGUUGAGAAAGUAGCCGAACCAGCAGUAGCUCCAAAGCCAGCAGAGCCAGCAAAGAAGACCAAGAAGAAGAAAAGUGAAGUCGAGUAGAUUUUGAGAGAAGGAUCAGACUGGAAAAUUUUUGUUUUGAAGAAAGUUUUUUGUUAAUUUUAUUUCGUUGCACGACAAACAUUUCCGUUUGCUAUGUUUUAUGUAGUUGCCAAGGAUCUGAACUACUGCACAGUGCCAGUAAUUUUGGUAAUCUAUUUGAAAUUAUGUAAGGAAAUUGUGUGCAAGCAUUAGGGAUGAAUGCGAACUUUUUGAUCAUAUUCUGCAAAUUGUUUGAGCUGUUGGAUCAGGUUUAACUUCGUAGUUGUGUAGCUCCUGUUCCAAUAGCUUAAAAGUUCAGGGGUUGUAUUAGUAAAAUUUCUUGUUUCAUGUCA